GUAGUCUCUGAUCUCUUACGGUUCCAGUUCCAGUUUCCGAUCCGGAUAUAAUAUCUGAAAAUCCUCUCAUAAAAGUUCUCUAUCACAUUGCCGAAAUCAUCUAAAUUGUCUUCCAUUGUCGUGUGCUAAUUGAUAAUUUUGGCAAAAUGGCUGCUACACGUGAGCAAGCCAGAAGUCAACAAUGAGUCGCUUGGCAGAACAAAAAGAUCAGCAGUCUUACACUGAAGUGAGCAGCUUCCAGAUUAGCGACGGAUUAUCGCACAAUAUGGAACCCGUUAAAACGAGUCGCAUCUUUUUGGCGGCUGUGGCUGCCAACUUGUCGGCCUUUGUGGUGGGCACUUGCCUGGGCUGGACGUCUCCGAUUGGACCCAAGCUCAAGAGCGAAGACACCUCCGAUUCCCCUUUGGACAGACCAAUUACAGCGGAUGAAGAUGCUUGGAUAGCCUCGCUGAUUGCCAUUGGCGCUCUGCUGGCACCUUUUGUGGCUGGUCCCCUCGCCGAUCGCAUUGGUCGCAAGUGGGUGCUCCUCUCGAGCAGUGUCUUCUUUGUGCUCGCCUUUUUGCUCAACAUGGUGGCAUCGCAGGUUUGGAUCCUAUACUUAUCCCGCUUGAUACAAGGCUUCGGCGUUGGCUUUGUGAUGACCGUGCAGCCCAUGUAUGUGGGUGAGAUUUCCACGGACAACGUGCGUGGCGCCACUGGAUCCCUCAUGCAGCUCUUCAUUGUUUCUGGCAUUUUAUAUGUCUAUGCAAUUGGACCCUUUGUCUCCUAUCAGGCUCUACAAUGGUGCUGCAUUGUGGUGCCCGUAAUCUCGGAUGUGGUCUUCUUCUUCAUGCCUGAGAGUCCUUAUUAUUUUGCCGGCAAGGGUCGCAAGACGGAUGCACUGCGCUCCCUGCAGUUUCUGCGUGGACAGAGCGCCGAGGGUGUUCACGAUGAGAUGGCCGUGAUCCAGGCCAAUGUAGAGGAGGCUAUGGCCACAAAGGGCUCAUUUAUGGAUCUGGUCAAGAGCCCGAGCAAUCGCAAGGCCUUGUUCAUAUGCGCUGGUCUCAUCAGCUUCCAGCAGCUCUCGGGCAUCAACGUCGUCCUGUUCAACAGCCAGUCGAUCUUUGCCAGCGCCAAUACUGGCCUGGAUCCGGCCAUAGCUACCAUUAUCAUUGGCUGCGUUCAAGUCAGCUCCUCUGGCCUCACUCCAAUCGUUGUGGAUCGGUUGGGCAGAAAGGUAUUGCUCCUCAUCUCGGCCAGCGUUAUGAGCCUGGGAUUGGCUGCCUUGGGCUUCUUCUUCUACAUGCAACUCGUGGUGGGUGACAUUUCCAGUGUGUUGUGGAUGCCGGUGCCGGCUUUGAUCAUCUACAAUAUUGUCUACUGCACGGGCUUUGGUCCUCUGCCUUGGGCUGUGCUUGGUGAGAUGUUCCCGUCCAAUAUCAAAUCAGUGGCCUCCUCUGUGGUGGCCAGCACCUGCUGGAUUCUUGGCUUCGUAGUUACGCGCUAUUAUCCGGCUCUCGAUGCACUUGGCUCCUACUAUGCAUUCUGGCUGUUUGCAUUAUUCUGUGUCGUCGCCUUCUUCUUUGUGCUUUUUGUCGUGAUGGAGACAAAGGGCCUGAGUCUGCAACAGAUUCAGGAUCGCCUGAAUGGCAAGCGAGACUAGACAGUUUCAACUCUAACCUUGCCGAUCCUAUAUGUAUAAGUCCAUUAUGCAAGUAUUUUAUUACCUAGUAUUAAGAAUAUUUUUAAUUUGUUAUUCAUUAUAGUUUAACCAUAAUAAAAGAUCAAAAUAAUAAAAAACGU